UACUUUACCUGCCUGAGCUCAGACCCUGCAUCUCAUUUACCUUUCCAAUACAACCUGAGCUGAAGCUCGUGGUGAUCAGCAGCAGUGACGGUGUUCCUGAGGAUUUGCCUCCACGCAAACUGAAUCGAGGAGCCAUGGCUGUAGCCAACUUCCAGUACAUUACUCGGAUAAACAGUGGCUUCAAGGUCUACAUAUUAGAAGGUCAGCCCCAUCUCCGAAGCGAAGACAGAUACAGACAUAUGCCAAAUGACCGGGCUCGAGCAGCUCCCGCCGUGAUUCCCAUCAAACGCAAGCGCAGCCAUGACCGAGGUCUAACUUUGGAAGAAAGGAGAGAACGGGCGAUAAGCAGAAGCAAAAUGGUCCAAAGAGGAGCACCAGCAGCGUUCAGCAGCCCGCAGAGUCCAACACCGAGCCAGAGUCCAACACCGAGCCCCACCAGCCCUGUGCCGAACUACGUGUACUACACACCAGUCAUGGACGAGCCCCUUGCCCUCAUCAAGAAACCCAGAAAAGACCCUGAAAACGCAGAGGACAAGACCAAAAGUGCACCCACUAAUCAAAUACAGGUGCGUCCCUCUGUGAUCACCUGUGUUUCCUCAAUAAAAAAACCUUCCAGCAGAUCUGAGGUCCACAGAAGCCUCUCAUCAGUGGCCUCCAAACGCAACCUCGACCAUGUCCUCGAGGAGCACUUCCAGAGGAGCCUCGGCGCCAACUACCAGCAGAGCCGCUCCCAGCAGCUCUCCAUCAGCGUGUCCGUCGACGACCACUUCGCCAAGGCUUUGGGCGAAGACAAGUGGCUGCAGAUCAAGUCCAAGUCCUCCUCCUGCUCUUCCACACCUCCCAGCAGUCCAAGCGUUACCCACUCACCCACCUACAGUCACAGCCCAAACCACAAAGAAUCCCCUGUCAGCUCGUCGCCAACCGCCAGCCACUGGCCCGGUAACUAAAGCACAAAUGGUCGCUGACCCGUGU